CUAAAUUUUAUUUAAGUAAUUACUAUUUAAUUAGUAAUAACAAUUUUCAGUUUUUCACCCUUAAUUGGCUAUUUCUGUUGGGCCUUGCUGGGCUCCCUUCAUUUUCCAUAUGGGCCCAUCCGCAUUGUACGAUGUGAGUUAAAUUUGGGCCAAUCAACUUCUUUCUUCCAGGUCUAUCUAUACCCAAAUGGGCCCCGCUUUUCUGCUCUCUUUCUCUUUCCUUUUCGCCUUCUCCUCCAUUCACCACUUGUUUUCUUCUUUUUUCAUUUCAUCUGUCUUUCUUCUCCAUUUCCUCCCUGAAAUCCCUCGUCUCUCCUUCACCGACCCGUUUCCGUCGGUCGCCCUUCUUCUAUUUACCAAUUCCUCAAGCCGAAAAUCUCUCCCUAACUGAUUUCCCAACCCACGUUCCCAGAAUCCCACUUCUCUCUCCCGAUUUCGAUUUCUUCCCUCCUAAUUUCAGCUUCUUCUUCCCACUCUUUCCAUUUUCUCGACCAACCCCUUCGCCGGCAGCUGGGGUCUCUCGCCGCCGUCGCUGUUUCAAGCAUCCAAUUCUCCUUUUUCGUCGGCGUCGCUUCUGGAAUCCUGAUCACUACUACCCAGUUGAGAUUCGGUUCGUUCUGGAUUACUCGAGGUUUGUUGCUGCUUCAGAUUCUGUGAUUCUUAGUUAGUUCGGUGAAUUAGCUCUUCCGGUGGUUGAUUCAAAGGCUGAGCUGGAAUAGCUGGGGACAGAGAGAGAGAUAGAGAUAGAGAAUUGAGAGAAAGAGAGAGUUGGGAUGAAGAGAGGGAAAGACGAUGAGAAGAUGAUGGGGCCAUUGUUCCCGAGGCUACAUGUGAAUGAUACAGAGAAAGGGGGGCCGAGAGCGCCUCCAAGGAACAAGAUGGCCCUUUAUGAGCAGCUUAGCAUUCCUUCUCAAAGGUUCAAUUCUGGGGUUUUGCCUCGUACACCAAGUAACCUGGCUCCUCCUGGGUCUUCCAGCCAGGCGGGUGGGCUUGGAAGGACUUUAUCAUCGCCACCUACCCUAGCUCAUCAACUGCAUUCUUUCCAGCCCAGUGCCGGGAACUCGAACGGUUCUUUACCGCCACGUGAGCAGAAGAAGAAGGCUGGAGAUGAAGAUGAUUUCACUGUUCCAGUAUUUGUUCAUACAGGUCUGUCCAAGUUGCUGAGAAAACAUUCUAAUGUGGAAGAGCUAGCUCCAUUUAGCUCGAUGAUUUCAGGUCAUCGCAAUAAAGCUCGGAAUGCCGGUGAUAAUGGUGCAUGUGCAUCAUCUAUUGACCCCCAUUCGAGACAUGGAGGAAACCCAUGCAUUCCAAGUGAUAAUAUGCAGAGUAGAGAAAACUUUACCGAGUCUGGGGACGAAGCGAAUGAACAGCCAAAAAAACGUUCUCAAGGUAGUCAACAACAGCCUGCAUGGUUGCAGUCAAAUGACUGUGCACCAGGUGGAGCUGUUCCUGAGCUGCGGCCGAAGGAGACAGAGAAAAUUGAUGUUCUUGUGCGGAAGGGCAGCUUGGGUUCCAGUGAAGAGCCCUGUACCCUCAACGAGGGCAGUGGCACUUGUGUUACCACGGUGGACGUGUCAAUACGAGUGAGAAAUACUGAUAAAAGUGAUGAUGCAUCCGAGACAUCCAUUGUGGACACUGUCGAACCCUUGGAUGUUUCUCCUGAUGAUGUUGUGGAUAUGAUUGGUCAGAAACAUUUCUGGAAAGCUAGAAAAGCAAUUGUCAAUCAACAAAGAGUUUUUGCGGUUCAAGUGUUUGAGUUGCAUAGACUCAUCAAGGUUCAACAGCAUAUUGCUGGUUCUCCACAUCUCUUGGUGGAUGAGAGCAACUACCUCACAAAAUCCUCCAUUCCAGGCUCCCCAAUGAAGAAGCUUCAAACCGAGUAUGUCCUGCUGCAGCCGGCACGUGGUACCAAACGGAAAGACGAUUCGCAAGAACCUACCAAUAAUAAGAUGGAAGGUUCUGCAGAGAAUGCAGUAGUUGGGAAGUCUCUAGGAAACCACAGUCAGCCAUCAUCAACCCACAGGCUGCCUCAUGCAGCAAACCAAGUUCCAGUUCCAGCAAUUACCGACAGCAACAACACGACGAGUUCAUGGAGUUUCCACCAAGCCACUGGCCAGCACUGGUUGGUCCCCGUCAUGUCACCUACCGAAGGACUCGUGUACAAACCUUAUGCACCCCCUGGACCGAUGGGACCUGGUGGUGGAGGAUAUGGACCAUACGGCCCUCCUCCUGUAAUGGGCAACUUCAUGAACCCAGGUUACGGCGUUCCAACUUAUUUCCAACAAGGAAUGGGUUGCUUCCCUCCGUAUGGUUCGAUGAUGAACUCUGCUCUCUCGGGGUCAGCAGUUGACCAGCCGAACCACUUCCCUGGAUCAGGCUCCCAUGGUCAAAUCAGUCAGUUAUCUGGAAGUGGCGCGAAUUUUAACGCUCAACAUAAUGUCGAACUAGCCACACAAAAGCGUGGUGCUGUUUCGGUGUCGGAGAUUCGAGUAUCCACUAAAGAAUCCGAGCUGCAAAGAAGCACCGCGAGUAGCAUUAGCGAGCGAGUGGAAGUAGCCGGGACCAUUCACCACCAAGGCGACAGAACCGACGAUGCACCUCUCCAUCUCUUCCCAAGAGCUCCUUCUGCAUUUGGCGCUCCUCCUCAACGAGCAGCCCACGCAUCUAGAGUGAUCAGGGUCGUGCCUCAUAACUCCAGGUCUGCAACCGAAUCAGCAGCUCGGAUCUUUCAGUCCAUACAAGAAGAGAGGAAGCAAAAUGAACCUGUCUAGAGUGAUCUUUCUGGUAACGGUAUGUAAUCUUUGCUGUUCUUUGAUUAUUGUUGUUGUUGUUGUUUUUUUUUACCCCAUUGCCUUUAGUAGAAGCUAUUCUGGAAUGCAGAUACGCCGUGCGUGUCUGCCGAGAUCGAUCGACAUGAAAACUGUGUCCCCUAGAGUAAAAAUGUACUUCCAAAUUCCAAUCUUUGCUGGUUUUCAGUACUGAUAAAUGUGUUUGUGAUUA